AUGGGCAAAUCAGACGGUGUCUUCGCCAUUCGCGUAGGAAGGCAGACAGGGAUAUUUGAUACAUGGGAAGAAUGCAAAGCGCAUACGCAUGGUUAUCCGGGCGCCCAGUUCAGGAAGUGGCCCACCCAUGCGGCGGCACAAGCGUACCUAGAUGAAUUUCAUAAAUCCGCUGGAAAUGUGUUUCCCGUCAAACCACCCUCCACAACGCGCGCUACUGCAAAUGCUCGUGUUUCUGCAGCACCAUACUCGAUUCCCAAUAUGGCGUCAAAGUCCAGCGCGAAGCCGGAUGUGUCCACGGUCGAUGAUGGCCAGGACCUCGCGGACGCGCAGUCGGAUGCUAUCGUGGUGUAUACUGAUGGCGCGAGCAAGAAUAAUCAGGACGCCGCGUCUCGUAUUGCGGGCUACGGCGUACACUGGGCUCGUGGACGACCCUCCAAUAUCGAAGGCGACAUCGCUGCAAGAUGUCCUGGAUUAGGUCAGACCAACAACAUCGGGGAGCUACUGGCAAUCAUACGCACACUUGAACUCACCCAGGAUGACCCGCGGCCCUUACGGAUAUACUCGGAUUCAAAAUACAGCAUCGAUUGCUUCGGUUAUGUGAAGGGCUGGUCUGCAAGAGGGUGGAAGAAGAGUGACGGCGGCACGAUUGCAAACGUCGAAAUGAUCAAGUACAUGGAUGCUCUUAGGCGCCUACGAGGCAUACGAGGUUGGGAAUUCAAGAUCGAACACGUCAAGGGUCAUGCAAGUUCGGUCGGGAAUAACACCGCUGAUAGUCUGGCGAAUCAAGGGUGCCUGCUCCCACUCGACAGCGCCGAACCAGACUGGGUCGCGAAGUGGGAGGCGAUCGAGGCGCUUAUUGACGCUGAGACGCGGAGCAAGGGUCGCCCGGUCGAACUGCAUACGACGGUGAAGGAAGAUACGGAUGGAGCUUCGCUUGUCACCAAGUCUGCGGAGGUGUCUACUUCUUCCGGUUUAGAUGACUUCUCGGACAUUCCCCUUCUCAGCAAUAAUGAAUUGCUCGAAGAACUGGCGGCUGCGUGA